CAAGUCACCCAAGGGACUCGUUUGCCGAGGUGUUGCCUCUCAGAUCAUCUGUUUCCCAGAAUGGAGGCUUCCUGAGGACAGGGCUGGCCAGAACGUCUCCUGGGAUCUGCUAGACCUUGAAUUUCUCUUCCUGGGACAGCGCUGGACAUGGAUCAACAAAGGACGCGUGACCAAAACCAAAGACGGCCAUGAAGUGAGAUCGUGCAAAGUGGCAGAUAAAACGGGCAGCAUCACUAUUUCUGUGUGGGAUGAGAUCGGAGGUCUUAUCCAGCCGGGGGAUAUUAUUCGGUUGACCAGAGGGUACGCGUCCAUGUGGAAAGGAUGCCUGACACUUUAUACUGGAAGGGGUGGUGAACUUCAGAAAAUUGGGGAAUUCUGUAUGGUUUAUUCAGAAGUGCCAAAUUUCAGUGAGCCCAACCCAGAUUAUCGAGGACAGCCAAACAAAGGGGCCCACAGUGAACAGAAGACGAAUUCUGUGAACAGUAGUAAUACUGGUACAGGUAUCUUUGGACCAGUGGGCAAUGGUGUUCAAACUGGUCCUGAAUCAAGGAGAUACCAGGUGUCCUGUGCUGGUAGAAGCAAUGGCCGAGGACCUGUCAGUCCACAACUGCCAGCAGCAGCUGAUAAUCAAACAGUCAUGACCACAAUAAGUAGUAGCAGGGACCCUCGAAGAGCCUUUAAGAGAUGACCUACGCCAAAUAGUCACAUGUAGUUUUUAAACUACGUGCCCUACUUGAACACUUAUUGCACUUUUAUUUAUUGUUAACUGUGAAACAAAAUAUGUUCUUCAUUGGUUUCCUUUUUACAUUUUUGUUCGAGAGUGGUUGGUUUUUAUAGCAAAAAUGUUAAGCUGCUCGGUCUCCUCGUGAAGAAAGGGAACACUCUGAAAAGUAGGGGCAUUUAUUUUUUGAGUAAAAUGUUACAGAAUAUCCUCUCUGAAAAUCCUGCACCCAUUUCAAGGGUGAGUUACUGAAGACAUCAGCUUUAUGGCCUCUAUGAGUCUGUCUUCUGUGUAAAUUUUGUAAUAUUUGACAUUAGACUUCAUGGAGAUGUUCUUAUGUUUUAGAUCCAGAUGUUGCCAACUAAAGCAAUAACCAGCAAAAAUAGAAACAAAAACUAAAGACCAGAAACUCGGUCAAGGGUGGCAGCAGUUUCUGAGUGUUUUUGACUGAAGGAGCGACUGACUAGUGAGUGACUGCCAUUAAGAUUUUCCCAGGACCGAGUCAUCCUAAAUUCUUGUUUAUUACUAGAAAACGUAUUUGUGUUAUUACCAGGCCAGGAGACAGUCUCUAUCAGAAUUAUGAAAUAGAAUGUGAUCUGUACAGUAACAGAAUCUUUAGAGAAAGCUGCAAUUGCUUUAAUAUUCAUUAACGUAGAUUACAUUGAAGAGAAAUUACAAACAGACCUUGAAUAUUUUUGAGACUGCCAUAUAUAAUUGUAUAAUUUGAAAACAUCAUAAAGUCACAAAACAUUGCCCUAAUUCUAAAAAAUAACUGUGGUAGAUAAACAUAGUGAAGGUGAUUCAAAUUGAAUUCAUGUAGUAAUUAAUACUCAGUCUCAAGUUACAAACCCGAAGUACUCAGAGGUACUCAGCCUGAAGUGAAAAUCCUCGGCACCUCCUUUAUUUGAGAGGGAUACCUGUGUGUGGUCAGUUUCGGAACACAAUUCGAUAGCCUUAUUAGCAAAAGUUAAAUGACUCUCAAAUCAUAGCUUUAUUCAGAAAUGUUAAGUUGGAAUUUGUGUGUCAUAAGUGGUACCCACUUCUCUUUACUGUAGGGUGGGUAACUCGUAAACUUUGUUAGAAUUCACCUCUUUUAAAAUAUCUCUUGAAUAAAACUUAAGCUCAUGUUAACAGCUAUCCCUAAGUUUUGCUCUUUCAGUGCCUUAAAGUGGAGAGCCCAGUACAUCUUAGCUGUGGUUGUUAUGACAACUUCAACUGGCAGUGACUUAGCCCUGCCCUGCGUUUGUCACUUGUCUGCGAGUUUUAAAUGGAUCUCGUGUGAAUUUCCAUAGCAUUUGAAUAUGAACAUAUGCCAGGCUUUUGGGGUCUAACUCAGUGUAUCUUGCAGAUACUUUGAUACAUAACUAUGUGAGGCUCUGUGAGGAGUGUUCAGGGGAAGCAACCUUGGGGGAGUUCUGAGAUCUUUAUGUUAAGGGAAAGCAAUUCCAUUUAUUUCAUAUAUUAGUGAUUAUAGUAAAUUUGGUUUUGUUAAAUUUCAGAAUAUCUCACAAGACAUCUGGGGACCAGAAUAGAUGAAUGUGUUUUGGAUAAGAAACUAAAAAUUAGUAUCUAAUUUUUAAAGUCUAGAGGUAGGAGCAACGACAUCUUUAGGUCAUUUGUGGGAGAACACAGUGGUGAAGGUGGCUGUGGAAGAAUUCUGCAGUCGGGCGCUAUUAGAACGCUGCCAGGCAUGGAUUGCCGUACGUGCAUUUCUGAUCUUUUCUCCUCCUCAUAGUAAGUUGACGCCUGAUGGUUUAGGCUUGGUGCUGUUCGGCCUUAGGUUCUGCCCAAUGAAGAAGUAAGGAGCUGCUUUCUGGAGCUGUGUCGGACUUGAGGAAGUCUCCAAAACCAAGGCCAAGGGAAUUACAGUUCGUAGUAUUUGCCUUACCAGCCUGCUUGGACAGCACUCAUCAAGAAGUUAAGAGGAAGAGUUUCCACCUUCCUCCUCCCUGGCGCUUUCAGCUGGCGACAUUGAAAUAAAUGUAUACACCACCGAGUGAAACAAAAAACACUUAGUGUAGAAAUGCACCGUGCUAGGAUUGGGCCCCAGUUCCGAGUGCAUCAGAGCCUGACGUAGCCAGGCUGUGUCGUGUCUGGGCAGGUCUGGGGGGUGAGCUGUGCAUCACGGACAGGAGAUGAGACCCAUUUGCCAGGUGACUGUGAACUGAAGGCUCGAAGGCGCUCUCCCGUGGAUGUUUAAACACUCAGGACUUCCUGUAGGGGACCUGCUCCCCUUUGGCUUUUUCUCUAGUCUUAACUCUGUUCUAAAUUUGAGCAGUCUGAUACUUGCCGCUUUCUGUCAUCUACCAUUUUAAAUGAAUUUUCUUGGUUGAAAAGUGCUUCUGAAAGCAAAUACAUGUGAGCUUAGUAAAUUGUAACUUUCAUAUGAAAACUGAAAGUAUAGAGACAUGUUCAGUAGCCCUUAAAAGUUUUCACAGAAGGUACGUGCUGGGAGUUAACAACAGCAGUUCAGCCUAGUUUCUAAAAUAACUUCCCCUUUCUGAUACCAUUUACAUAAUGGCUAUUUGCUUCGAGCCGUCUUGAGCCAGGCGUGACUUAGAUUUCUUUCUUCCCAACCUAAUGCCUGUUUUAAUCUCGAGAUACCUUCCCAUUACUAUUUUUCCCUUUAAUCAAAUUUUCCUUCUCUUCUCUUGGAUGAAAGUUGACAUUCCCACUGGAAAAGUUGGUUAGUCAUUCUCUGAUGUGGGCAGUGUGAGGACAUUGGAGGCCGAGGUCCUUGGCAAUGGUGAGGAUCCUGUGGUUGGUAGGGUACAGCUGAUUACUAUUAUUACGUCUUGCAGUGAUAAACAGCCCCACGUUUCAAAAGUAGUAAUGAUUAACAAUUGAGGCAUGCUGAGGAGGAGAUGUAAUUGUGACCUUUGGAAAACAGCGCUGUUAUUAGUGGUGUUACACUCUGAGGGAGAAGCUAGAAGAACAUUUUACUUUCUAGGUACUGUAUAUUUAAAUUCUCUAGGUGCCUCAAAGUUUAUGUGUAUCAGGUUUUUUUUUUUUGGUACUGGGAUUGAACUUUGGUUCUUGUGCUUGCUAGGCAAGUAUUGGAACCACUAAGCUGAAUCCCCAGCCCAUGUAUUAUUAGGAUUCAAAUACUGAAACCAAAUUACUCCAGGCUUCUGAGUGAGAGUCUAUUGAUAGUUCUCAGAGUGCAGAUCACAGGCUAAGGUAUGCACUAGAGAGAACUCCAACUGACAAGCCGUUACACUUCUUUUGAGGGGUGGUAGGGAUUUAACCCAGGACUGUUACACUGAGCUACAUGCCACAGGGUCUCCCUGAUUUCCCCAGGCUGGGCUUCAACUUGUAAUCCUCCUUCCUCACUCUCCAAGGAGGCUGAGUUAUUUAGCAUAUCUCCAUUUCCCAUCCAAAAUUACUAGAUCUUUUUAACACUUAAGCUAUUAACAUUUCAUUUAAGCCUUUUGAAAAGUUACAGUUGGGUGACAUAAUUUUAUUAUGGUUCCCCAAGAUUCUAGAACAGCCAACUCAAGGCUUGGGUGAAGCAUUGCACUAUAAUAGAAUCUUGGUCCUUUGAGAAUCCAUUGAUAAACCACAAAAUCAUGUGAUACCUAUUGUUUCAACUAAAAGACAAAGCCUGUUUUUACCAUUUCCAACUGGAAAGAUUUUUUUUUUUCUUUUGGUUUCCAGGAUCAAACUUGGGUCCUUGUUCUUGCAAGGUAGGUGACGGUCCAACUGGAAAUUCUAAAAACAUUUGAUGUACUUUACUCAUCCAAGUGUACAUCUGGACAGGAUAAUUACUUGGUCCAAAUGUGGAAUGUUGAGUAACACCGAAUACAUGCUGAAUAAAAUGUCUGUAGUUUGUAAACCACUCAUAUGAGAUGCCCCGAUUGCUGCUUGGACCUAGUUAGUCCUGGGAGAACUUGUAGUUGGGAGAGCUGCACUUGAAACAUCCCAAGGAUCUCUGUUCCCUGCCUUUGAGAUCUCCCUUCCAGCAAUUUAGAUAGCUUUGGAAUGACAUAUGUAUGUUUUCUUUUCCCUAUGUGAAGCUAGAAUAUGCGAACCUUUUGGUUGUACAUGGAUAGUUGUGCUUUAAAAGCUGUAGCUUGAAAGCACAAUGGAUAGCAAGGGCUGAUGUAGAUAAGAGGUUGAGUACAGCCUCUGCAUUGCAGAUUCUGAGUUUGGUUCAAACAGAAUUAUUUAGAUUAUACCAAUGCUAAGGUCACGUCACUAGUGCAGGGUCACAUGGCCUCAGCAGAGCCUGUACAGAGGUAAAGAUAAAUUCUUCACUCUGAACUUUGGUUAUCCAAUCUAAAUCAGCUUUUGUUGCAUGUCUCAGUGAGCACGUCUUUGCAGCACUUCUGCUGUCCCUCAAUUCCCUAUUGUGAGAAGGAAGGCUGGCCAAAUGGAAUAGUAGUGGGUUUGGAGGCAGGGUAUUUCUGAGCACGUGAUGAGCAGUACAGAUCCUCUGUACAGAGAAGAAGCUGUAUAUGUUUUCCACAGAGUGUGCAAGGCCUGGUUUGAUUGCCAUAUGGUGCUAGUCUUCAGUUGUAAGUAUUUAUAGCCCCACAGGAGGCUGACCUGACCAGAGAGUAAAAUAACCCAGGACCUUGCACUUGCAAGGCAGGCAUCAAAACCACUGAGCUAAAUCCCCACUCCCCUACCCCCAUUGGAUAAUUUUUGAUGGCAUAAACAUGAUAGGGAAGAUCAUUAAGGGGUAGUUUAAAUCUAGUUUGUGAGUGAGCAAUAUUCAGUGACAUUAAAAGUGAAUUUCUCCCAGUUAAGCAGAUUAAAUCCUGAAUUACCCCUGAAGUUAUAGAAAAUAUGGGAAAAUUUGCCAAGUUUUGUACUUAAAUUUGUCAAUAUCGCUGGUGGAAGUAUAAACACUUUUUUUUUUUUUUGUGAAAACGAAGAUUGCGAAGCUGCCCUUACACAUUUUAUUCCUUUACCCAGUAAUGUUUUAUAAAAUCUUGGCCAAAUGAUUGCUGUUAUUCUUGUAAGCAUGUGAGCUUUGCAGAAUAUAAGCUAUUUCAAAUGUCAGACUGCUUUGGCGAAAAUAGCAUUCUGAGCUGAGGAGAUGUAGGUUUGAGUCCUGGAUCUGUUAUUUACUAGUUCCAUGAGCCUCGUAAAAUAGGGUUAAUAGGGCAGUGUGCCAACUGGGUUCUGAGGACUGUGUAAGCCAAUGUGCGCCAAACAUAUCUAAGGCUCAAUGAGUGCUAAACCCUUUCUUGGAGAUAAACACUGAUCAUUUCUCCAAGCCAUUUUAGAGAGUUUGUAAUUUUAUUUUUUAAAUACAUUUUAUCCCAUU